UUUGCGCAGGCGCAGCGCUGCCGCUCCCCGCGCAUGCGCGCAGCGCAUUGCUCCGGCGGCGGCGGAGGGAAAAUGGCGGCGGUGGUACAGAAUGUGGUGAAGCUCCUCGGCGAGCAGUACUACAGGGACGCCAUGGAGCAAUGCCACAACUACAACGCCCGGCUCUGCGCCGAGCGCAGCGUCCGCUUGCCCUUCCUCGAUUCCCAGACCGGCGUGGCCCAAAGCAACUGCUACAUCUGGAUGGAGAAGCGGCACCGUGGCCCAGGUUUAGCGGCGGGGCAGCUUUAUUCCUACCCUGCGCGUCGCUGGAGGAAAAAACGCCGUGCUCAUCCUCCGGAGGACCCGAGGCUUUCCUUCCCUUCCAUCAAACCCGCGCAUCCUGGAGCCGGACGAUUUCCUGGAUGAUUUGGAUGAUGAAGACUACGAGGAGGAUACGCCCAAGCGGAGGGGGAAGGGGAAAGCCAAGGGUAAAGGCGUCGGAGGCGCUCGCAAGAAACUGGACGCGGCCAUUUUGGAGGACAGGGACAAACCCUACGCGUGCGACAUCUGCGGGAAGCGCUACAAGAACCGCCCGGGGCUGAGCUACCACUACGCCCACUCCCACCUGGCCGAGGAGGAGGGCGACGACAAGGACGACUCGCAGCCCCCCACCCCCGUCUCUCAGCGCUCCGAGGAGCAGAAAUCCAAGAAGGGCCCCGAUGGGUUGGCGCUGCCCAACAACUACUGCGACUUCUGCCUGGGGGAUUCCAAAAUCAACAAGAAGACGGGGCAGCCCGAGGAGCUGGUCUCGUGCUCCGACUGCGGGCGAUCGGGACACCCCUCGUGCCUGCAGUUCACCCCGGUGAUGAUGGCGGCCGUCAAGACGUACCGCUGGCAGUGCAUCGAGUGCAAGUGCUGCAACAUCUGCGGCACCUCCGAGAACGAC